AUGGCGGAUUUCGACAGUUACGAGGAUCGGCAGCAGCAGCACAGCGGCUUCGGGGGGCGGGGAAGAUCUCGAGUUAGUGGUCCUAGAAAGCAGAAGGAAUUACCAACAGAACCCCCAUAUACAGCUUAUGUAGGAAACCUACCUUUCAAUACAGUGCAAGGAGAUAUUGAUGCCAUUUUUAAGGAUCUGAAUGUGAGGAGCGUUCGACUAGUCAGAGACAAAGAGACAGACAAAUUUAAAGGCUUUUGUUAUGUAGAAUUUCAUGACCUGGAAUCUCUUAAAGAAGCCUUGACGUAUGAUGGUGCUCUUCUUGGUGAUCGAUCUCUUCGGGUUGACAUAGCGGAAGGCAGAAAGCAGGAGAAGGGUGGUUUUGGCUUCAGGAGAUCAGAUGACAGAGGAGGUGAGAGAGAUGAAGACUACAGUGAUCGAUCGAUGGGUGGGCUUGGAGGAACCAGAGUCAGGGGCGGUCGCCCUGGAGAUAGACAAGGAGGAGGUGGUCGCUUCAGAGAUGGACUUCCUCGUGGUUCUGCUAUGGAAUUCAGAGAAGCAACAGAAGAGGAGAGGGCACAAAGACCCAGGCUGCAACUUAAACCACGCACAGUAGCUGCUCCCCUUAACCAGGUAGCCAAUCCAAAUUCAGCCAUAUUUGGUGGAGCCAGGCCUCGAGAGGAAAAGUCUGGGCAGGAGGCGCCCUAG